AUGUCCCUUGGAGAGCACAGCCAAAACAGAGAUACGCACCCUAGCACCACAGCAUCAACACCCAACGAAAUGACGACGUCAAGCUCCAAUUCAUCACCAAAGGGUGAUCCGUAUCCGGUUCCGGAUCUUCCGCCGGGCACAACGAUGCGCCUCAACAUCGUCAUCCUCUUCAUGGGCUCGCGCGGCGACCUCCAGCCCUCCCUGGCCGUCGCCAAGCUCCUGCAGCGCCGUCAUGGCCACCGCGUCCGCAUCGCGAGCCACCCGCCGUACCGCGCCGCCGUCGAGGCCGCGGGGGUCGGGUUCUACGGGAUCGGCAGAACGGACAUCAAGACCAUGAUGGAGAGGCGGUUGCUUCCGCGGAAGGAGCUGAAUGCGCUGGUGCCUGUGAUCCGGGAGGAGUUUCGGGAGAUGGGGGAGAGGUGGUGGGGGGCUUGCGUUGAUGGGUUUGGGUUUGAUCACGAUGGUGAGGAUGGGGUUGAUGGAGGAAGAGGAGGAGAUGGAGGAGGAGAGGAGAGGGGAGCGUUUGUGGCGGAUUUGGUCAUGUCUACGAUGCAUGUGUAUAACCAGACGUCUGCGGCGGCGAGGCUGGGUGUGCCGUUGCACCUGUUUGGGAUGAACCCGAGGAUUUUCUCGAGGGAGGUACCGCAUUCGCAGGCUGGGUGGGCUUUGAAGGGGCCUAGUCGGUGGAAGAAUGUUUUGUCCUGGUGGGUUCAGGAUUUUAUGUUCCUUGAAGCGAUGAAAUCCGUCAUCAACGACGUCCGCGUCAACGUGAUGGGCCUGGAGAACAUGUCCCCCGCCUGGUGGCUGAGCCAGUACAACAGGAUGAACGUCCCCUGCACGUAUCUCUGGUCGCCGAGGCUGCUCCCGAAGCCAAGUGAUUGGGCGGACAACAUCGACGUUGCGGGUUUCGUAUUCGAGGACGUGCCGUCAGAGUAUACGCCGUCUCCGGAGCUGGUUGCGUUCCUGGAGGCGGACCCGGAGACGCCGCCGGUGUAUAUCGGGUUCGGGAGCAUGUCGUUUGCGAAUGCGCAGGAAGUGUUUGAGGGGAUCUUUGAGGCGGUGGGGAAGGGAGACGAUGAGAGCCAAGGGGGCAGCAUCGGCGGGAAUAGAGACAUGACACACAUCUUCAUCCUCGACGAGGCGCCGCACGCGUGGCUGUUCCCCCGGGUCAGGGCCGUGGUGUGUCACGGGGGAAGCGGGACGACGGCUAUGGCGCUCCGGAGCGGGCGGCCUACGCUCGUGGUGCCCGUUGCCGGGGACCAGCCGUUUUGGGGCACGAGAAUCCACGCUGUCGGGUGCGGGCCGGAGGCAAAGUACGGGUUGGCGGAGAUGAACAGCCAGAGGUUCGAGGAAGGGCUGAGGGAGCUUCUGAAGCCGGGGUAUGCGGCUGCCGCGGAGAGGUUUGCGGAUACUGUGAAGAGGGAGAGACCUGGGGAGGAGGUUUGUGUUGAGAAGGUGCUUGAGACGGUUGGGGUUUAUGAGAGGGAGGGGAGGUGUGUUGUUUAUGGUGGACGGCCUGCUGUUUGGAGGGUAGCUUCGACGGGGAAGGAAGAGGGAGGGGAGAGGAAGUUGUCUGCUGUUGCGGCGCAUGUUCUUGUUGAGAGUGGGAGGGUUAGGAGGGAGGAUUUGAAGGUGCUGGAGGUGGUCAAGUGGCCUGAUUUGACGGGGCCUGGGGAUCCGGUAACGGGGUUGGUUCUCGGGAUGCAAGAGGCUUUUGAGAGUGUUGCUACGGAUGGGAGGACGGGGAGAUGGGGAAGAUUGGGUCUUCAUGUUUUGAGAGCUCCCCUCACGAUCCUGGCCGCCGUGGCGUUUGGCCUCUUCAACCUACUCGACUUCAUCCUCUACAAACUCGCCUCGCCUUUCGAGCCGAAGCUCUACGCGAGUAACCCGCGGCUGUACUCCUACCCGCGCAUGCUCUCCUUCCUCCUAUUCGCACCCUUUGUCGAGCUAGCUUCCGUCGUGACGCAGCCUGCGCGUUUCCUGGCGGGUAGAAGAGGGGGAGAAGGAGAGGGGGGCAGAAGAAGAAGCUUACCAAGAGUGAUCCUCGAGGUGCCGCUCGCGCUUCUGAGGGUGCUUUUGGCGCUGGUCAAUGUUCUUGUUGGCGGGUUGGGCAUCACACUUCGGCAGCUGGAGCUUCUUUGUGCGAGGGGUAUGGGGGAGAGACCUGUGGGGGAUGUUGUUGCCGAGGCGAGGAUUCGGCAGGGGAGGGUUGAGGCGGAGGAGUUGAAGGUUGAGGGAGUUGAGAGUGGGAGGGAUUUGAUUGGGGAUAUUAUGAGGAGGUGGGAUGAGCGGAAGAAGGCUUGA